UAUUUCUUUCUUGUAUACCCCAGAAAUCCAAUGAGAUACAUACACGUGUAAAAUUUAUUGGCUCAUUUAUAAAUAGUACCAUUACUUCAUGCCCACCGAUCAUUCUUCACGUCCAACCCCCCAAAUUUGAUCUCUCAGUAUCUCACACUUCCUCUUCUUUCUAUUUUGCCCCUCUCUGUCUGUUUGCCUGUCCCUCUUAUUACAUUUUCAAACGCUAUCGUUUCGAUCCCUUCUUCUUCCCCAAACGAAAAUUGAAUGACCUGAACGCCAAAACACAAAGACGCGAUCAAUCAAAAAGGUCGUCUCCACCACACCAAAUUAACAUCCAUCCGACCAGCCUCCACCGUCUGAUCGUCUGCCGGUCAACGAUGGGGAAGACCUUGACCCAGAUCUUAAACUUCUGGCUCUCCGAGCAUCCAUCCAUCGUAGCCUUUCGCUGGAGCCACACUCAAUCAUGGGGUUCCACCUGGUCCUUCCUCAUCACCUCCAUCGCCUUCUACGUCAUUCUAUCUACCUUCCUCCGCCUCUUUCUCUACAUCUUCAACCGAUCGGGUCGACCCGUAUCUCUGGGACCCAUACCCGCUAUCCACAGCCUCUUUAUGGCCCUUAUUUCAGCCACCAUAUUCGCCGGAAUCCUUCUAUCCACGGCGGCCGAGAUUCGAGAAACCCGAUGGUUUUGGCGGCGCUCCAAAACCCCUCUUCAGUGGCUCCUCUGUUUUCCUCUGGGUACCCGACCUUCGGGCCGAGUAUUUUUCUGGUCCUACGUUUACUAUUUGUCUCGAUUUCUCCACAUGUUACGUACGUUGUUCACAAUACUACGUCGUUCUAAGCUUCCAGUUUUCCACCUUCUGAACCAUUCCUUUAUGACCUGCAUGUGCUUCUUGUGGCUCGAAUUCUCGCAGUCCUUUCAAGUGCUUGCCAUACUAUCCACCACGCUUGUAUAUUCCAUGGUUUACGGGUACCGAUUUUGGACCGCUGUUGGGCUUCCAAGUGCUUGUUUUCCAUUUGUUUUGAAUUGCCAGAUUGUGUUGUUGGGCUGCAAUCUUGCUUUCCAUGUGGGUGUUCUUCUGCUGCACUUUAUGAAAGGUGGUUGCAAUGGAAUUGGAGCUUGGGUUUUCAAUUCGCUGCUCAACGGCGUAAUUUUGUUGCUGUUCUUGAACUUUUACGUCAAAAUGCAUUUUGGGAAAAGGAAGGUCGGUAGCUCUGGAGGUGGAAUUCAACGUGGGGAGACCAUGGUUCAGUCUUCCUCUGAUUUGGUUUCAGAGAUGGGAGCUAAAGAAUUGUGAAUACUAAGUUUAUGGAUUGAGUUUUUUUGACCACGUUUUUUUUUUUUUUUUUUUGGUAAUUUCGGGAUAAAAAGAAUAGAAUCCCCCUAAGCAUUUCUUUUUUUUUUUUUUUUUUGGGCUAAUAGGUGUAAAAAUACAUUGCAUUAGCAUAAUAAAUGUAUAUGGUUAAGCAAAGAUUAUAGUCAAAAGCAAAUUUUGGGUAGAAAUUCUUGUGCUUGUUUGUCAAUUUCGUUCCCUUUCGUUGAGAACUAAAUUUGGGUUGGAAAUA